AUGGUGAAAGCAGCCGCCAUUCAUCUGCUUUUGCUACUAUUAGCCAUCGUAUCUCAGACGCACGACGGUAGCCCCAGAGACGAAGCUUUGGAAUCGGAUCUCCCAGAACAACUGUCGAACGUGGGUGUUAUGUCGCGAUUUAGAAGAAUGGACUGUUGCCGAUACAACCAGGUGCUGAACUGCUGUAAUUUGUUAUGGGAUUGGAAUGAGUAG